AUGGAAGGAAGAGAUGUUACCCUUUUUGUUGACAAAGAUAGAACAUGGAAUGUUGAUUUGAAGCUCAAUUCAAAUAAUAAUCAAUUUACACUAAGUGGUGGUUGGAGUAAAUUUCGUGAUCACUAUAAUUUGAAAUUUGGUGAUGUUUGUGUUUUUAUACUAAACAAAUGCAAAGGAACAGUUUCAUUCCAAGUUGUUAUUUUCUCUCUGGAAAAGGACAUGAACACUCCCUAUUUUGAAGAGGGUUCCACGGCAAUUUGUGGACAAAUACUGGAAAAGUAUACAAAUCCAGUAGUCAUGACAUUACCAAAUGGUGUUCAAAAAGAAAUAUUUUGGAUAAAGCGCGACGGAGAUGUCUGGUUUCAGAAAAAUUGGGAGAAAAUGGCAAAGUUUCUCAAAUUUGGAUAUGUUGUUUUUUUCAAAUACAUGGGAGGAUCAUGUUUCCAGCUAGAGAUAUUUGGACUUAAUUCUUUGGAAAUUGAUUAUUCCAACAUUAAGUUCAUAGAUCAAGUUGAGACUAAUGACAAUGGAGCUGAAUUUGUUGAAGUGAGUGAUGAUGAUAUUGAAAUGCCAAAAAGCAAAAAAUCUAAAAGAACAAGAAAAGGAAAAGGAAAAGGAAAGGGAAAAAUCUCAAGUAAUGUAGGAGGGAUGAAUCCAUGUUUUGAACUUACACUUACAAAAACUACUGCAAAAGGCUAUUUAUUUAGGAUUCCAUGUAAAUUUUCAAGAAGAUACAUGGGAGAUUUUGAAGGGAUUGCAAGGAUAAGAAGCUUUGGUGAGAAAAGGAUUUGGAAGGUGACUGUGAAGUAUGAUCAUGAACUUGAUUAUACUAUUGUGAAUAGAGGUUGGAAACCAUUUGCUGAUGAAUAUAACUUGCAAACUGGUGAUGUUUGCAAGUUCGAGAUGACUCGAUCCGGUCCAUUUUCUUUUACUAUCACUAUUAACCGAGUCGGAGAGUAGCAAGCUGUAUUUGAAGAUACAAUUUGAAGAAGCUGUAGGGAUUUUCUUGAUGUUUGUAGUUGGUUUUUUUUUUAAUGAUUUCUAGCUAUUUGUUGUGUUGCUUUUUAUUAUUUUUCAAACUCAGAUUAUGAGUACUUAUGAUAUGUAUU